AUGGUUUUCAGUAUAUUUUCUUUUCAAAGAAAAAGGAGUGUUUCUUGGGUUAGUAAUAUGCAACCAUCGAGGAGACUUUCUUUGACAUCUGUUUUGAGUUGUAGGAGAGAAAGAUUCCAACACGAACACCCUCAGAGAAGUGUUUUGCUUGUGGACGAAAUUGGUGGUAACCAAGGUGAGAUGUCAUUUGAACAAGCGUUGCAGAUGGCGAAAGAAAAAUCGCUUGAACUUGUCCGGGUGAACACGAUUAAGAAGGACGAUUCAGUAAAUAUGCCUGUCUUCAGAUUGAUGUCGACUGGUAGACAUACCAACAUAAGAACUAGAGCUCGCUCUCUUGAAGAUAAACCACCGAAGACAAAGACUAUUAAAGUUAAUGACAGGAUAGAAUUCAAAGAUUUAUUUUUCAGAAUAAAACGGAUUGAAGGUUACCUGGAAAAGGGUUACCAAGUAAAGCUUUGCGUUAAAAGCAAAAAGGGAGGAAGUGUGGAGUCAACAUCCGAUGAUAAAUUAAAUAUCAUAAAGCAAGUAGAGCAAGAAAUGAAGGUAAACUAUACAACUGGAAGGCCUGUAGAGGAAAGCAAAGGCCUCAUUGUUUGUGUCUUUAAACCUGCAUAG